AUGCCCUCGGAAGACCAAAGAGCCGCUCUCCUCCGUGCCUCCAAACCCCCCUCCAAGGACCUCUUCAGCACCCUCAUCACCGCCAACCACAUCCUCCACAACCAUAGUGUCGUCGACGCCUACGGUCACAUAUCGGUUCGCAAUCCGCAGAACCCUCAGACUUUCUUCCUGUCAAGAUCUCUCGCUCCAGCGUUGGUCUCCAAGAGGGAAGAUCUCGAAGAGUAUUACGUCGAGGAUGCCAGUCCCGUCAAUAAGGAUGCUCCAAAAGGAUAUGCGGAGAGGUUCAUCCAUUCCGAGACGUAUAAGAAGUAUUCGGGCGUGAACAGCGUGGUCCAUGCUCAUAACGAGGCUGUCUUGCCGUUCAGUAUUACAAGUGUGCCCUUGAGGCCCGUCUUCCACAUGGGUGGUGUUAUGGGCUCCCAACCACCCGUCUACGACAUCGCAAACCACUACAAGUCCAGCGAUGACUUGCACUCGCUCCUCGUGACAAACUCCCACUUAGGAGAAGCCCUCGCCAUCGGCUUCAACCCCUCCACCAUAACCAAAACCGCCACAACCAUGAUAAAAAACUACAUCACCUCCAGCACCACCUCCCCACCGCCCAUCCCUCCACACCCAACCCUCCUCAUGCGCGGCCACGGCUUCACCUGCAUCGGCACGACGAUCCAGGAAGCCGUCUACCGCGCCAUCUUCAUCUGCGCCAACGCCCGCGUCCAGACCACCGCUUUACUGAUGCAGCAAUCCCACAACAUGUCCCUCCUCGCGGACAGCCUGGCGGCCAAGGAGAAAGAAGGCGGAGGCAGAGAGGUCAAGCAGGAGGGGGUUAGGUAUUUGAGUGAGAGGGAGGGCAAGGAUGCGUGGAAGGCGAAUAUGGAGCAUGUGGAGAGGCCUUGGGGGUUGUGGUGUACCGAGGUGAGGGGGAAGGGGGUUUAUGUUAAUGAGUUGGAGGAGGAGGAUGAGGAUGAUGAGGGGGAGGGAGAAGAGUAG